AUGGAAGCACAGAACAUCACACGGGUGUCAGAGUUCAUCCUCUUAGGAUUCUCACAGACCUGGGAGCUUGAAAAAUUCCUGUUCCUGGUUUUCCUAUUUGUCUAUGUCACCACCGUUGUAGGAAAUCUCCUUAUUAUGGUCACAGUGACUUUUGACUCCCGGCUCCACAUGCCCAUGUAUUUUCUACUCCGAAACCUGGCUGUCAUAGACCUCUGCUAUUCCACUGUCACUUCUCCAAAGAUGUUGGUGGACUUUCUUCAUGAGGUCAAGACCAUCUCCUACCAGGGCUGCAUGACCCAGAUCUUCUUCUUUCACCUCUUGGGAGGUGGGACUGUCUUCUUUCUCUCAGUCAUGGCCUAUGACCGCUACAUAGCCAUCUCCCGGCCCCUCCACUAUGUGACCAUCAUGAACACGCAGCUCUGUGUGGCACUAGUGGUGGCUGCUUGGUUAGGGGGAUUUGUUCACUCCAUUGUGCAGCUGGCUCUGAUGCUCCCAUUGCCUUUUUGUGGUCCCAAUGUUCUGGAUAACUUCUACUGUGAUGUCCCACAAGUGCUGAGACUUGCUUGCACUGACACCUCCCUCCUGGAGUUCCUCAUGAUCUCCAACAGUGGAAUGCUGGUCCUCAUCUGGUUUCUUCUCCUUCUGACUUCUUACACGGUCAUCCUGGUGAUGCUGAGGUCCCAUUCAGAGCAGGCAAGGAAGAAGGCAGCUUCUACCUGCACCACCCACAUCAUUGUGGUGUCUAUGAUCUUCAUUCCCUGUAUCUAUAUCUAUGCCCGGCCCUUCACCCCCUUCCCUAUGGACAAGGCUGUGUCCAUCAGCUACACGGUCAUGACCCCCAUGCUCAACCCCAUGAUCUAUACCCUGAGGAACCAGGAAAUGCAGGCAGCCAUGAAGAGAUUAGGCAAGCACCUAACGAUAUGUAACAGGGCGUGA